UAGGGGUUUUCUCCUUCCGCUCGGAACUCUCUCGAGCGACCCAAAACACACAAUUCAGACUACAGUUUCAUAACGAAGAAAUUCCAAAAAUCGUUGGAAAACAGAUCGGAAAAUCUCCAUGGACGUGAUAAAGACUCAGCAGAUAUCAUCGAGGCCCAUCGAGAAGGUCAUAGUCCACCCGUUGGUGUUGCUCAGCAUUGUCGAUAACUACAACCGAGUCGCCAAAGACACUCGGAAGCGAGUCCUCGGAGUUCUACUCGGAAGCUCCUUCAGAGGCACCGUCGAUGUCACCAACAGCUACGCAGUUCCCUUUGAAGAGGAUGAGAAGGACCCCAGUAUUUGGUUUCUUGAUCACAACUACCAUGAAUCAAUGUUUUCGAUGUUCAAGAGAAUAAAUGCCAAGGAGCAUGUUGUAGGUUGGUAUAGUACUGGACCAAAGCUACGGGAGAAUGAUCUAGAUAUUCACAGAUUGUUCCACAACUAUGUUCCAAAUCCCGUUUUGGUCAUCAUUGAUGUCCAACCGAAGGAGCUGGGAAUACCCACCAAGGCCUACUAUGACGUUGAAGAGGUUAAAGAGAAUGCUACUCAGAAAAGCCAAAAGAUUUUUGUUCAUGUGCCCUCUGAGAUUGCUGCUCAUGAGGUUGAGGAAAUAGGAGUGGAACAUUUACUAAGGGAUGUCAAGGAUUCAACCAUUAGUGCACUUGCAACGCAGGUUACUGGAAAACUUACAGCCUUAAAGGGUUUGGAUGCACGCUUGCGAGAAAUACGUGGUUACCUAGAUCUUGUUGUUGAUAACAAGCUUCCGUUAAAUCAUGAGAUACUUUACCAUUUGCAGGACGUGUUUAAUCUGCUUCCAAAUCUCAAUGUGACCGAGUUAGUCAAGGCCUUUGCAGUGAAAACAAAUGAUAUGAUGCUGGUUAUAUAUCUUUCUUCUCUCAUCCGAAGUGUGAUUGCCCUCCAUAACUUGAUCAAUAACAAGAUGCUAAAUAAAGAACAUGAAAAGGCUGAGGAUGCAAAGCCGACAGCAGUCCCAUCGGUUAGUGGAAGCUGAAAAUUUUAUUUUACUGAUAUUUCGGACUUCAACUAGGACAGAUUUAGCUUUAGCUUUAGGGAUGGCAGGCACCGGUUUUUUUUACUAUUUUUGAGGCUCCUCGUUGAGUGUUUGUGUAUUCUCCAUGUUUCAUGUGUAAUACAAUGCAUUUUGUUUUUGUUCUUUUUACUGGCCUUUUGAUGAAGUUCCAUAAUUGGGUUGACGAUUUUUCCCAAUGUACGCCGGCUGAUUUGAAACCUUUGGGAAUAGAGCCUCAACUAAUAUGUAGUAUGAUACUAGCAUUCUUUGUUUUCUUUCUACAGAAUUGUGGCAAACAACAGCUUCCGUAAAAUAAUUGUAACAAAUAGCAGGUCUUGUGCUUUA